CUUCAAUUCCCUUCACAAUGCUUCCUCAUCCCCUUGCCAUCCUCUCCGAAGAGGAGACCAACAUUGCUCGCAAUGUCAUCCUCGCACAGCACCCCAACACAGUCAUUGACUUCCGGGAGAUCUAUCUGUCAGAACCUCCCAAAGCACAGCUCCUCGAGUUCCUGGCUCUGGAGCACUCUGGUCGUCUGAGUCCAACCUCUCCUCGUCCGCCUCGUCUGGCCCUCUGUCAGUAUGAUGUGAUUGGGAACGACCGCAUCCCCUCUUUUGAGGAAUCUGUUGUCGAUGUUGGAACACGCCAGCGUGUACAACAUCGUGUCGUUGGAAAGGAGCACCAUGCUUCUUUGACUUUGAGCGAGUUUGAUACCCUGGUCGAGCGUUGCUUCGCCUCCCCCCUCUUCCAGAAAGCUCUGGCCGACUUCGACCUCCCUGAAGGCUUUGAGGUCGUCAUUGAGCCUUGGCCAUAUGGUGGACUGGACUACGUGGAGGAGAAGCGUCGGUACUUCCAGGGUCUAUGCUUUGCCACAGAUAAGCGCAAGAACAACCCUGACGCCAACUUCUACUCCUACCCUCUGCCUCUCAUCCCCGUCAUGGAUGCGCUUACCCAGGAGAUCAUUCGGGUCGACCGUCCCGCCACAGGUGGCAAGGGUGAGGGUCUGACAGAGCAGACCUUCAAGAGAGACAUCAUCGGUCACUGCAAAGACUCGGACUAUGUGCCCGAGUUGCUUCCUGGUGGUACACGCAAGGAUCUGAAGCCGCUGAACGUGGUUCAGCCCGAAGGUCCUUCCUUCCGCAUUACCGAGGAGUCGCUCGUAGAGUGGCAGAAGUGGCGGUUCCGCGUGGCCUUCAACCCCCGCGAGGGUGCUACCAUUCACGACGUCUGGUACGAUGGCCGCAGUGUGCUUUACCGACUGAGUGUUAGUGAGAUGACUGUACCCUACGCCGAUCCUCGCCCUCCGUUCCACCGCAAGCAGGCGUUUGACUUUGGUGAUGGUGGUGGUGGUAAUAUGGCCAACAACCUCUCAAUCGGAUGCGAUUGCCUCGGUGUUAUCAAGUACUUUGAUGCCGUGAUGACGGGUGCCGAUGGUUCGGCCAAGAAGAUGCCUAACGCCAUCUGCUUGCAUGAGCAGGACAACGGUAUUGGCUGGAAGCACUCCAACUGGCGGACUGGUCGCGCGGUAGUGACCCGUCACCGGGAACUAGUCGUGCAGUUCAUCAUCACCCUGGCCAACUACGAGUACAUCUUUGCUUACAAGUUCGACCAAUCGGGUGGCAUCACGGUCGAGUCGCGUGCCACGGGUAUCUUGAACGUGGUCAACAUCGAUGCUGGCAAGGUCAGCGAGUACGGCAACGUGGUCAGUGGCGGCGUGUUGGCCCAGAACCACCAGCACAUUUUCUGUGUGCGCAUCGACCCGGCUAUCGACGGGCCCAACAACUCAGUGCAGGUGGAAGAGUCGCAUCCUGUGCCCAUGAACGCCGUCACCAACCCGAAUGGUAACUUCUACAAGGUCAACACGGAGACCAUGGAGCGCGCAGGCUUCUUCGACGCCGCGCCGGAGCUUAACCGUACUGUCAAGAUGGUCAACCCUCACAAGAAGAACCCGAUCAGCCAGAAGCCCGUCGGAUACAAGUUCAUUCCGCUCGCGACACAACGCCUGCUGGCCGAUCCCAACUCGAUCCAAGCGAGACGCGCACAAUUUGCUCAGCACCACGUGUGGGUGACCAAGUACCGCGAUGGCGAACUCUAUGCCGGUGGCCGGUACACACUCCAGAGUCAGGAGGAAAUCGAGGGUGUGUCGGACGCAGUGAAGCGAGGCGAUUCCGUGGUGGACACGGAUGUUGUGGUUUGGAGCACCUUUGGCAUUACCCACAAUCCUCGUGUGGAAGAUUGGCCUGUGAUGCCUGUUGAGAUCUUCCAGCUGAUGAUCCGACCUGCGGAUUUCUUCACCGCUAACCCGUCGUUGGAUGUGCCAUCCGACAAGAACGUCUCUUCGCGGGUGGUCGGCAACGACUGCUGUCGUAAUGCACACAUCUAAGACUUGGUAGUACUAUUUUUGGACAUGAAUGACGAC